AUGUCGCUGCAGCCCGUCUGGAACGUCCUGCUGGGACACGCCUCCCUGCUGAGCUCGCCGUUCUUCCCUGUGCUCUUCUCGCUGAGCGUCUACCUGAGCUGCUGCCUGCCCUACCUGCUGCUGGACCUUCUGGCCUCCAGGUGCGCUCUGGUGCGCAGGUACAAGCUGCAGCCGGCCUCCGUGGGCUCGGCCUCGCCGGGCCUCUGCCUGGCUCUGACGCUCUACAACCACCUGCUCUUCAUCUUCCCGCUCAGCGUGAUGCACUGGUACCUGCGGCCGGUACACCUGCCCGAACAGGCCCCGCCCCUGCCCCGCCUCCUGGCUCAGGUGUUGGUCUGCCUGCUGCUCUUUGACUUCCAGAGCUUCAUCUGGCACCUGCUGCACCACCGAGUGCCCUGGCUCUACCGCACCUUCCACAAGGUGAGU